AUGGAAAAGGUCAAAAAUACCAAGUUAGCCCACUAUAUCGACAAGUUGGCUGUUGAGGCCGAGCCCGGCCUGACCAGCACGCAGCUGCUAUUGACAAACCAUGAUUUGAAACCAGUGGAGCCUGAACGUCGACAAUGGCGCUCUUGGAACUUCGUUGGCUUUUGGGUCGCCGAUUCUUUUAAUAUCAACACUUGGAUGAUUGCUUCCUCGAACAUCGCCGAUGGCCUCUCAUGGUGGCAGGCGUGGGUUUGUGUGUGGGUGGGCUACGCUAUUUCAGCUUGCUUUGUCUGCGCCACUGGACGUAUUGGUGCCACCUACCACAUCGGUUUCCCCGUUGUCAACAGAGCCUCUUUUGGAAUCUGGGGUUCACUAUGGCCAGUCUUCAACCGCGCAGCCAUGGCUUGUGUGUGGUAUGGCGUACAGGCGUGGAUUGGUGGUGAAUGCGUCGAGUUGAUGAUCAGAGCCAUCUGGAACAACUGGAGAGACGACAAAGUACACAACGGCAUUCCCAGUUCCGGUACCACUACGGUCAAGUUCGUCAGCUUCUUUUUCUUCUGGGUUGGAAGUCUCCCCGCGCUUUGGUUCCCCGUCCAUAAGAUCAGGCAUCUGUUCACUGUCAAGGCCUACGUCGUACCUGCCGCCGGCAUUGCCUUUUUUAUCUGGUUUGUGGUCAAAGCUGGAGGCGUCGGACCCAUUGUCAAGCAGCCCGCAAGCGUCCAUGGAAGCAUACUCGCGUGGGGUAUCGUCAAAGGCAUAAUGAGUUCCAUCAGCAACUUUGCGACGCUGAUUGUCAACGACCCCGAUUUCAGCCGUUUCGCAAAAAGGCCCCAGAGCGCAUUAUGGUCCCAACUCCUCACGAUUCCGAUCGGUUUUGCCAUAACCUCCUUCAUCGGCAUCAUCGUCUCUUCGUCGGCGACAGUUAUCUAUCCAGGUUCCGAGCCUGUCUGGGACCCUUUGCAGCUUCUUCACAAGAUUCUGGACCACGAUAACAACAGCGCAAACCGCUUUGGCGUCUUUGUCAUUUCGGCCGCCUUCGCUCUGGCACAGCUUGGCACGAACAUUGCCGCCAACUCCGUCUCCGCUGGCACAGACAUGACGGCGCUGUUGCCACGCUAUAUCGACAUUCGACGUGGCAGCUACAUCUGCGCUCUUAUUGGUCUCUGCAUGUGUCCUUGGAAUCUCAUGUCUUCCAGCAACAACUUCACGACCUACCUGUCCGCCUACUCGGUCUUCCUGUCGUCCAUUGCUGGCGUCAUGGUCUGUGACUACUAUGUCGUUCGCAAAGGCUACUAUAACGUCAAGGAGCUGUAUUCAGCCCGCAGUACCAGUCCCUAUUACUUUGCCUACGGUUUCCACUGGCGUGGAUACGCUGCCUACAUAGCCGGUAUCCUCAUCAACGUCGUAGGUUUUGCUGGUGCGGUAGGAACUAAGGUACCCGUCGGCGCGACGUACAUCUACAAUCUUAACUUUUUCUGUGGCUUCAUUGUGGCUGCAUCGACAUAUUGGAUCCUCUGCGCUGUUUCUCCGAUCCCGGCAACCAGCGACACGUGGAUGGAGGUUGGCGAUGAGAUAAACGACAUCACAGUAGCAUAUGAUGAUCGCACUUCGGAUGGCUAUGAUGAAGAAGUUGUGACGGGCAGCAAGGCCGCUGAGACGGGCGAGCUACAAAAGGUGUAG